AUGGCCAAGAAGCAAGCUAAGCCCGUGCCCGUCGCUGCCAGCAGCAGCUCGGACUCGUCGUCCUCGUCCGAGGACGAAGCCCCCAAGAAGGCCGCCCCGGCCAAGAAGGCCCCGAAGUCGCCGGUCAAGAAGGCCGCGCCCGCCAAGAAGGCCGACUCGUCGUCGUCGGACUCGUCGUCGGACUCGGAGGAUGAGGCCCCCAAGAAGGCCACGCCGGUCAAGAAGUCGCCGAAGGCUUCGCCUGCCAAGAAGGCCGCCCCUGCCAAGAAGGCCGAGUCGUCGUCGGACUCGAGCUCGUCGGAGGAUGAGGCCCCGGCCAAGAAGGCCGCGCCCACCAAGAAGGCCGAGUCGUCGUCGUCGGAUUCGUCGUCGGACUCGUCCUCGGAUGAGGAAGAGACCCCGGUCAUCAAGAAGCGCAAGGCCUCGGAGGCCUCGGAGCAGCCCGCCAAGGUCCAGAAGGCCGCCGACGGCUCGGCCAAGGCCGUCGACGCCGGCUGCGCCGAGAUCUUCAUCGCCGGCCUCCCGUGGGUCGUCGACGAGAGCGAGCUCCGCGCCAUCUUCGAAACCUCGGGCACCAUCACGGCCAUCCGCUUCCCGGUGGCUGCCGAUGGCCGCUCGACCGGUACGGCGUUCAUCACGUACAGCAGCGCGGAUGAAGCCGCCGCCGCCCUCGCCCACGACGGCGCCGACUUCGGCGGCCGCUGGAUGAAGGUCCGCUCGGCCGAGAAGAAGAACCAGCUCGAGGAGAAGCCCGAGGGCUGCGUGUCGGUGUUUGUCGGCAACCUCAGCUGGAACAUUGACGAAGACACCAUGUACGCCACCUUCCAGCACUGCGGUCCCAUCGCGCACGUCCGUCUCGCCACGGACCGCGAGACGGGCGAGUUCCGCGGCUUCGGUCACGUCGACUUCGAGACGACGGAAGCCGUCGACGAGGCUGUCAAGCUCGGCGGCACGGACGUCCUCGGCCGUGCGAUCCGCGUCAACUACGCUGCCCCCAAGCCGGAGCGCUCGUUCGGCGGUGGCAACGGCGGUGGCCGUGGCGGUGGCUUCGGCGGCCGUGGUGGCCGUGGUGACGGUGGCCGUGGCGGUGGCCGUGGUUUCGGCGGCCGUGGUGGUCGCGAUGGUGGCCGCGGCGGUCGUGGCGGUGGCUUUGGCGGCCGUGGUGGCCGUGGUGCCGGUGGCCCCCAAGCGCCAGUCGUCGUCGAUCCAGAACUUCCAGGGCCAGAAGAAGACUUUCGACUAGAUUUUUUGAGACAAACCUGCUAG